GGUGGUGGUGCCAUGUCUUCCAAGCAUCAAGACUUGCUUCCUGUCUUAUCAUCGCAUUCAACCAGAGUAAAGUUGAACUUUAUAUAAUAAGCUGCUUUGCAAUUCGACAAAGUGGCAAUUAGAUCAAGCAAAGCGUGAGCUCUUCUACGUUUUGGAGCUGCCUGCGCUGAAAUGGGCUCAUUAGAGGACAACUGCGCUAUUAAUAGGCUUAGUUAAAUAGGCAAUAGGCAAUGCUUGCAAUAGUUUCGUGGAAAAUGAGCUGACAUGAACAUCUAUGAGGCCUGAUCAAGACAUCACAGCAAUAGGGACGUUGGAUUAUAUUUUUAGAAACCAAUUGUGUUCAUAAAUCUGAUGGGAACAUUUCUGCUAGUGUGCGUCGCACCUGCUCUGGAGCAGUGUACACCGCUGGAGAAUAUGGAAUGCCGUUUAAUGGAUUCCUUUUGCCCAAAGGUUGCAAAGUGAAGAGUGGUUGCUUUAUGCUCUCCUAGAAAGCACAUGUGAGAUAGGUAACUUUUGCACUCUGGAUUCCAGAACACGUUUAUCUGCUAAAACGGGUUGCUAUUCUUGUGGGACUUUAUGUACUCUUUUCAUCUUUGAAUUGUAAGAGCCAUUUUGUAAAAUGUCAUGAUGUGGAACAUUUUUGACAAACAGAACUCCGACUAAAUCCUUAAAUAUAUGCAAUUUCAUCCUAUUUUUAUCCAUAUCGAGACACCAUCUCUGUGGCUCUUAUGGGAAUGAAACACUCCUCCCGCUGUAUGCUCCUCAGGAGAAAAAUGGCGGAGUCCGAGAGCACUGAGCAGCAGCCACAGCCAAUCCGCAUCAUCCAGUCUCAGCGCGUGCAGCCAACCUCGCUGCCCAAGCCUGUGCCCUCCAUCCACCAUGUCCCACAGCCGCCCCAUACGCCCCACGCUGCCUCCCUGCCCAGCUGCCCUGGCCGGGGGAAGAUGGCCAAGUUCCUCAACCCUGAGGAGAUGACCUCCAGGGACUACUACUUUGACUCCUACGCCCACUUUGGCAUCCAUGAGGAGAUGCUGAAGGACGAAGUGAGGACGCUGACCUACAGAAACUCCAUGUACCACAACAAGCACGCUUUUAAAGACAAAAUCGUCCUUGAUGUGGGCAGUGGGACUGGUAUCCUGUCCAUGUUUGCAGCCAAGGCAGGAGCCAAGCACGUGUAUGGGAUUGAAUGUUCCAGUAUAUCGGAAUACUCUGAGAAAAUCAUCAAGUCUAACCACCUGGACAGUGUUAUCACCAUCUUCAGGGGCAAGGUGGAGGAAGUGGAGCUGCCAGUAGAGAAGGUUGACAUCAUCAUCUCCGAGUGGAUGGGCUACUGUCUCUUCUACGAGUCUAUGCUCAAUACCGUAAUCUUUGCAAGGGACAAGUGGCUGAAACCCGGCGGUCUGAUGUUUCCAGACCGUGCUGCAUUGUAUGUGGUGGCCAUCGAGGACAGGCAGUACAAGGACUUCAAAAUCCACUGGUGGGAGAACGUGUAUGGCUUUGACAUGACCUGCAUCCGUAACGUGGCCAUGAAGGAGCCCCUGGUGGACAUAGUUGACCCCAAACAGAUGGUCACCAACUCCUUCCUGAUCAAGGAGGUGGACAUCUAUACAGUGAAGACUGAGGACUUGUCCUUCACCUCAGCCUUCUGCCUUCAGAUCCAGAGGAACGACUACAUCCACGCCCUUGUCACCUACUUUAACAUCGAGUUCACCAAGUGUCACAAGAAGACUGGCUUCUCCACCGCCCCUGAUGCUCCGUACACACACUGGAAACAGACAGUGUUCUACCUGGAGGACUACCUGACUGUGAGGAGAGGGGAAGAGAUCAUUGGCAGCAUCAACAUGAAGCCCAACGACAGGAACAUACGGGACUUGGAUUUUACCUUUGAGUUGGAUUUCAAAGGACAGUUAUGUGAGGCAGCCAUCUCCCACGACUACAAGAUGCGUUAGCUAGGUGUCCAGCAGGGAGAACCGGUGUGCAGUGCUGCCUGCAGCCCCACAGAGGGAGGCAGAGGCACCCCCCUUAACAACAGACACUGAGGAGAGAGAAUGGGGUGGAGGGAGAUGAGAGAGUGGGAUGGAAGAAUGCGAGAGGUUGGGAUGGAGGGACGAGAUGGUGGGAGGCAGGAAUCAAAGAGGAGAUAGAUAGAUGGAGAGAAAUGGUGGGAUGGGCCAGAUCAGAGGAAUCAGGUGACGAUGAGAGAAGAGUACAGGGGUGGCACUCCAAGCAAUAUCAACAUGCACAUCAACACCUCUCACUGGCACUUUUUUCAUUUGCAUUUUUUUUAUUGAACCUUUUUAUUUAGCUAGGCAAGUCCUAACUGUUAGGCCAACCGUUCAAAGGACAACUUUGAAUGUAACACCUCGUGAAUUCAAGAAUGUUCUAGUCAUAAUGAAUGUUAUUUAUUAUUUAUCUAUAUUGUAUGUUAUCUUGAUUUUGUUAAUUGUUCUUCCAAAAUAACCAGGCCACAGGAUUAGUUAGCACUUUUUAAAAUGUCUUAAUUUUCCCCCCUUUUUGGAGAAAAUAUUUUCUGUGAGCUUCAGUGUUUGGAGCCCAUUAUGAUCAAUUACUGCAGUUACUGUACUUUGCAUAUAUAUUGCAUAUAAUGAUACUUUUUAAUAUUCUACAUCCUAGGCCAGUUUCUUCUAUCUUCAAAUAUACUUUUAAAUUACCCAAUUUUGCAUGUUUGCAAAUAAUCUUCACCAUAUCUGGUAGUGCAGUAAUUAAAUGUAUCGGCCAAGAAAAAUUCAGUGCUGCAUAAUGUAUGUGUAACGAUGUGAAUGAGAGUGUGUGUUUGCAAUCAGGUCAUGUAAUGUAGCUUUUUGGGGGUGUGCAAUAUAACAGUAUGAGCGCUCAUACAUUUGCGCAGCUUGCACUCCAAAGUGUGGUCUGUGGUUUCUGUUAGAGCUGUGAUGUCGGCGUUGUAAUCAGCAUUGUCUGCGGCUCUUGUCUAGAUGCCUGCAAAAGCUCCUGAUUACAAGGCCUACCCCACUGGGCAGACACUGAUCUUCAAUAAUAACCAUUGUCUCUUAAAUUCUGUGUACACACUGAAGCCAUACCAAGAAGUGGCGAAUGUGCCGAAGCAUUCAGUGGGUGGGGCCUCACUUCGGUAGCUGCUGCUCACUGAACUUCUCUCAACUUGAGGGCAUUGUAGUUACCAUGCUUUCCCUGGCUCUGCUGAUCUCGGGUCAGUGACUGGCUUGUCCUCAGAGCCUGGCCUAGCAACUGUCAGCAGUGGUCCUGUCCUUAGAUCAGUAGCAGACAGUUCAUUCCAGCCUCUGCUCAGCGCUGGAGUUGGACUCUCAGGCGGCAGCUCCUUCCCUUCACCUGUGCUCUUACUAACUCUUAAGGUCAUCGCCAAGGCAACAACUGGAGGUGUCCUCCAGUCCAACUGUGUGACCUCCCCUCACAGUUGUGUAGUACUGUUACACCAUCCUUCCUCACCAAAGACGUUCUAUCUGCAGCCAAGAUACAGACUCACUUCCAGUCCCCUCGCUCUUCCAUGCCUCUCAAUGAAGCUCAUCAGCACAACACUUAUGACUGUUCAGAAGACGUAGUGUGACAUGCCAUGUAUGAAUAGACUAGUGGCUAGUAAUGAGUGAGUGACAUUUGGCUCAUGCAGACUCUUUACGGAACAGAUUGUACGUUUUGAUCUAGAAGGGCAGGGACCGGUAGUUUCAUGUUGACAGAGCUGUCUCUUGUGAGCAGAUAGUAUGUCUUUCUUACCUGUUUUGCUUUUGAUCCAGUAUCAAUGUGUGUAUGUAUAGCACAGCGUGUGAAAUAUAAUAAAAAAGCAGAAUAAUGUGAAGAAAAUCUAACUGAAAUAGUAUCCACUAAGUAGAUUGUGUGCAAUAGCAAGUCAGUGAUUUAAGCUAACUAACUUUAAAGUUUACCCUUCAGCAGAUAUACCACUUGAUAAGUGUUAUUCCUGUUUACCACUCAUGGCAUUCAUUUAAAUAUUUACACCUGGUAACCUGCCUAAGUACUAAAAUGUGGUUAACACUAUUUAAUUCAAGUCAGCUACUGAAAUUGUGCUAUGUUCAUUUUGUAUGGCAAUUCCAUUUUCUAUAGAGUUUAAAAAUAGUGCUAUUCAAGCAUUGUAUUGUUCAUUUGACCAACUGUCGUGUAAGAGUUAAAUAAAAGUUAAGCUAAA